AUGGAUCUCAAGGUUUAUAUGCUUCUAUACACUAAUUUGUUCUUCAUUCACUACUCCAAUGCGUUUAAUAUCACAACUAUCCUAAGCCAAUUCCCGUCCUUCAGCACGUUUAAUCACUAUCUUUCUGAAACAAAUCUUGCCUCAGAAAUCAAUUCGCAUAAACCUGUCACCGUUUUUGCUAUUCCUAAUGAUGCAAUAACAUGUUUAUCUGGAAAAUCACAUGAUGUGCUAAGAAAUCUCUUGAGGGUUCAUGUAGCUCUUGAAUAUUAUGAUAUUGAUAAGCUUCGAAAAUUGCCAAACCGAACUUGCCAAAUGACCACAUUGUUCCAGGCCACUGGUCAAGCCCAUGGGCUUCAAGGGUUCUUAAAAGCUACGAUUUUUAAGAAUGGAAGUGUGUUUAUUGGCUCAGCCACUCAAGGGUCACCUCUAGGGGCUAUUGUGGUUAGGUCAAUUGCUUGUGAGACAUGCAAUUUAUCAGUGGUACAUAUUAGCACUGUCAUAGUCCCUGUUCGGACGACUGUAUGCCCAGUUCCAGCUCCAGGGUCAGAUUUAAAUCCUCCAAUAGAGCCCCCGGCCCGUAGCCCAAAUAUGCCUCUGGUGCCUUUACUUUCACCUACGCAAGACUAUAGCCCAGAAAUGUCUCCACCAUCUGCAUCUAGCCCAAAAUCAGUCCUAUCACCAGCUCCUGAGCCCACAACAAAGACACCACCUACAAGAUCUCCAAUAGGUGAACCAGAAGAUUCUACAGAAUCGCCGCCAAAGCUUGCAGACGCACCACCUCAGUCUGCAGGCAAGGACAAAAGCGGUGGCACUUCCAAUUUCGUAAUUGGCCUUGAUUUUCUUAUAACCAUAGUACUAUCGUCAUCUAUUUAUUUGAGUGUCCAAACAUAA